UGCAAAUUGUGCAUGGAGAUCGGAUGAUCGCGAUGGCAUCAAAGACGGAGGACGAAAUCUUACGAAAUUCUAUGAGUGAAGAAGAUCCAAAUUAUAACAACGUGAGAGAAACAACAGAAACAAUUCCAAGAUGGGGACCACAGCACAAAGGAGCCCAGGAAUUAGCGGGACUUUACUCUAGCAGUAAGAGAACACAGGAGACGGUGUGUGUGGUAGUGUGCCUAGGACUCAUGGUGCUGAACUUAUACCAUCUUAUUGUGAACUUCCAAGCAGACAACUGGCAGUAUAUCUUAGUGGCAGCAGUUUUGGGUAGUAUCACUGCCGAUUUCUUCAGUGGAUUGGUGCACUGGGGAGCCGACACUUGGGGGAGUGUAGAAUUACCAAUUAUUGGCAAGACUCUUAUACGACCAUUCCGUGAACACCACAUAGACCCUACGUCCAUCACACGCCAUGACUUCAUUGAGACAAACGGGGACAACUUUGCCGUCAUCAUCCCCUUCCUAGGGCACAUGGCUUUCAAAUUUGCCACGUAUUCUCCCGACCAGGUGCAAGCCACCUAUAUAUGGGAAUGUUAUGUUUAUCUGUUGGCUUUCUAUGUCAGUAUUACUAAUCAGAUCCACAAGUGGUCCCACACCUACUUUGGCCUUCCACGUUACAUCACCAUAUUUCAGGAUCUCCACAUCAUCCUGCCGCGCAAGCACCACCGCAUACACCACGUGUCUCCGCACGAGACAUACUUCUGCAUCACCACGGGAUGGCUCAACUAUCCUCUCGAGAAGAUCGGCUUCUGGCGACGCGCUGAGGACCUGAUUGAGAAGUUAACAGGGUCCAAGCCACGAAGUGAUGACAUGAAGUGGGCACAGAAAGUGAAGUAAACUGCCCUGACUUAAGCAGCAUUCACACAUCUGAUAACACAAGUUUGGCUGCUUUUCAGUCUGAAGAUGGUUUGUGUGAAUGCUGCUAUAGAGACAAGUAAUAGGUGCCCAGAUAUAUUUUGUUACUGAAGCAUAUGACUUUGAAGUGUGUAAACAUGUCAUUGCCUUAAAGUAAGAGAUUGAAAAAAGCCAAAAAAAAAA